AUGAGUUCAACAGAGAUUGUCGGCGCUAUGCCGCCACCAGAGGGAGUCACUCCGGACUUUUCUCUGACCAUGACAACAGUUCAACACAAGUUUAUAGUCGUUUAUUCAAUUACAUUUGGAAUAGCGGUGCUGCUCCUUCUUCUGCGGCUGUAUACGCGGGCGUUUAUAUUGUUGAUACCCAUUGUCAUUACAUACUGCUGGGCACCUUUUAUGACAAAGUUUUCCAUCCUGUUAAUGUAUCUCCGACUCAACCCAGCGCAAUACUUCAGAUACACCAUAUACGUCCUUAUGUUUAUCAUCACUGGUUACACAUUGGCGACUACACUUGCAACAGCCGGCGGAUGCAACCCCACAAAUACAGAUAAGACACCAUGCAUCAACGACCUAGCCAUGUGGCAGGCGAUCUUGAACAUCGUCACGGACUUCUUGAUGUUGUUGCUUCCGGUUCCGUUGGUGUGGAGACUUCAAGCACCUUUAACACAGAAACUUGGAUUGACUCUCAUUUUCGCCAUUGGAUCUGCGGUUGUGAUUACAAGUAUCAUCCGGAUUACAUUCAUAAUGGAAAUUCUCCACAAAGCCGACUUCACCUGGGCCGAAGCCACGGUCUGUGUCUGGUCAGCAAUCGAACUCAACUUCGGCAUAAUGUGCAACUGCCUUGUCGUCCUCAAACCCUUCGCCCGCACAUUCUUCCCUCUCCUCAUCCCGUCAUCCAAGGGCUACAGCGGCGGACAAUCCGACGGCGUAAACCUGAAAUCUGGAUCACGCCGCAAACAGCGCAGCGGAUCUCAUCCAUUGGACUCUUUGGAUGAUAUCAGCCAUCCAAGUCAAGGCGGCCAUAGAGCAAAACAUUCUAAUGAUGAUGGUGCAAUUGUUGUUACGAAUACUUUAUCGGGUAGAUACGAGGAAUGUGAAUGGGAGUGA